CUGACCAGACAUUUUGGAUACUGAUUAUUGAUUUUCUGAGGGCAGGAGAAUGGCCUUAAGACCACGAGAUGUUUUCUCUUUCAAAGACUCUGAACUGCCCUCCCACCUUCUUGUCCAGCUCAACAUCCUUCGUCAGGAGCGUAUCCUGACAGACGUCCUGCUCUGCACUGAGCACCAGGAGAUCCCCUGCCACAGGAACGUCCUGGUGUCCAGCAGCCCGUACUUCCGCGCCAUGUUCUGCAGCAACUUUCUGGAGAGCAGUCAGGCCCGAGUGAAUCUGAAGGGAAUCUCCUCAAAUGUCCUCAGUGGCAUCGUGGACUAUGUCUACACAGGCUGCGUCACUAUCACCAUGGAGAUAGUGCUCCCGCUCAUGCAGGCAGCCUCCAUGCUUCACUAUGGAAGUCUCUUUGAGGCCUGCUCCAUGUUCCUGCAGGAGCAGCUGAGUCCAGAAAACUGUCUGAGCAUGAUACGACUGUCUGAGAUCCUUCACUGUGAGAGUUUGAGGGAGAGGGCGAAGGAGAUGGCUGUGAGAUGUUUCUCUGAUGUGGCCGCUACGGAAGACUUCUGUGAGUUGUCUCUACCUGAGCUAAUGUGUUACCUAGAAGACGACCGACUUUGUGCUGAGGAGGAGCAAGUGUUUGAGACCCUCCUGGCAUGGAUCCACCAUGACCCGUUCUCACGACGCGGUGCAAUCCACGAUCUCUUCAAGAAAGUCCGUCUUCGCUACAUCCACCCAACUUACCUCUUCCAGUUCAUUGCUAAUGACCCACUGGUGCAAUCCUCCACCCUCUGUACUGAGAUAAUCGAGUCAGUGCGUCGCCUCAUGCUUACAGUCAGCACCAAGUGUAGCCGAGAGCUCAAGCCGCUUUGGACAACACCACGACGUUACACCUGCAGAGAAACACUGGUGGUGGUUGGAGGACGCAAAAACAAUGAACAGACCUCACGAGAAGCCUUACUAUAUGAUGAGAGGACUCAUCGGUGGCAGUGGUUGGCCAAGCUUCCUCUGCGCCUCUACAAAGCUGCAUAUGUGUGUAUUCAUAGCAUCCUCUAUGUGCUUGGCGGGCUCAGCCUCUGCAUGACAUCAGGUGACAGUUCAGUCAGCGCCACAGUUUACACACUCUCCCUGAAGACCAACCAGUGGCGGACUGCUGAGCCCAUGUUGGAGCCACGAUACGCCCACCAAAGUGUGUCCUAUCUGCACUUUAUUUUUGUGUUAGGAGGCAUUGGGGUGGACAAAAAGAUCUCUCAGUCUGUAGAAAGAUAUAACAGCAUGUUUAAUCAAUGGGAGGCCAUGGCACCAAUGCCCACAGCGGCGCUGCACCCAGCUGUUGCAGCCAGCGAUCAGAAGAUCUAUGUUUUCGGAGGGGAGGACGCCAUGCAGAAUCCAGUCAGGCUGAUUCAGGUGUAUCACAUCUCUCGUAACUUGUGGUCAAGGCUAGAAACAAGGACGGUGAAAAAUGUUUGUGCUCCUGCUGCUGUCAUUGAAGACAAGAUCUACAUCAUAGGAGGAUACACCAGGCGAAUGAUUGCCUACGACACCAAAGCCAACAAAUUCGUCAAGUGUGAGAACUUAAAGGAGCGGCGGAUGCAUCACAGCGCUACAGUGAUCAACAACAAGCUCUAUGUCACCGGUGGACGUAUCCUCAACGGCCACGAUGUCAUCGAGGACUCAGACUGCUUCGAGUGUUACGACCCAAAGACAGACGUUUGGACCUCGAAAGGUUCUUUGCCAUACAAGCUGUUUGACCACGGCUCCCUGCCGCUGGUCUGUGUUUCCAACCGACCCAACCCACCGUGA